CUGAGCUCGGACUCGAAAAUUCAGCCAGCUAUUACAGACAAGGAAGGCAGUUGCUUUCGACUUUUCUCACCAUGGUCACGCGUUGGUCUCGCUGUAAGUCCAAAUUUUAUGCUCUGAUUGGUCAAAAUUUGAUUGAUGAGAUCAUGAGGAAAAUUUAUGCAAAAUCUGGAAACUUGUUUACUGAUAGUUGAAGCUGUUAGAGUUUAGUGUCAUCUUGUGAUGUUUUUAACUGCCUUUUUUCCACUUUGGACUUCUCGUUCUUGGUUUUUUCCACUGGAUCUGCAAGAUGAAUUACAGCUGCUGUCAAGAUUCUUUUGUUAUCCAUGGCUGGGUUUUUGGUUGAGAAAUUCGCCGCUUGUCAAAGUCAUCGGGAAUCCGAUUUCGGAUGGCAUGGUUUCGUUUUUCACCUUGCUUGAUGCGUAAGAGGGUUGAAAAGUCUCAACCUGUGUAUUAUUCAGACGGAAGUGUCGAUUUAUACAUUACAAUCUAGCCGAUUUUUUGAAAACCAACCUAACGAAAUUUGCAGUCAUCUGAGAGAAAAGGCAUCAAAAGGCAGGUUUCUUAAGCCCGAGGAGCUCCAAAAUCAUAGUAACGAAGGAAAAGGAAAGGAGGAAGAGAAAGAGAAAGAGAAAGAGUGAGGAUAAGGAAAGGAACGCUUCGUUUUUAGAAUAGCUACUUUGGAGAUUUGGAGAUUGGAGUUUUUGGCCGGAACUGAACUGUCGGACGCAAAAGGUCCAUUUGGAGAUAACAUUAUCAAAAAUCCGGCUAGAUAUAUAUGAUAAGGAGGAAAAAAAAUACAUGAAUCAAAGUAAGAACAUACUUUUAGAUGCUACAAUAGGUCCAACUUUUUUCUUUAAAGAAAUGUUUUUUUUACUUAUUUUGUCAGUGAUUGGCGCUAAAUCAGUUUGAUGCGCAAAUUCCUUAUUCUUAAAGACAGCAAAGACAAUCUUAGAUUCUAGAUUCUAUAUUUACGUUUUGGAUGCCGGAUUCCAGGUACUGGAUUCCGAAUUUCAAACGUAAGUGGGAUUCCGGAUUCCUAGAACUGAGUUCAGGAUUCCAAAUCUCGGAAUUUCCAAUUCCACAAGCAAAAAUUUGUUAGAAUUCCUGAAUCUGGAUUACAUAACAUGUGCCAAGACCGCGCUGUAAUGCAAAAAUCACCCUCAGGCUGAUAUUUGUAGUCCUAAACAGGGGAACAUGCAAAUUUUGUCCGACAGCUGCUGAUAACAGAACAGUUUAGAACACCAGUUUCACCAGUUUCCAUGAUAAUUUAUUACUUAAGAGUUAAUGCUUUCUGAUGUUGUUUUGAUUUUUUUAAACAGGUUACCCUUGGUCAGCGGGAUGGUAUCAGUGCAACAGACGCGAAGCAAAUGAACCUGCUCUACAAAUCACAUUGCAAUCGUGGUAGUGGAGGAGGCGGUGGCGGAGGUAAGUGGCAUUGUCUUUGUACAACUGUUUAUAGGAUGACACAGUUGUGACUGCUACUUAACUGCUUGAAAGGCAGGAGUAUUUCACAAGACACAGCAGGGGCUUAUCUGUGUAGGAGGCCCGAGGUAAGCACAGUUUUCCAAAUCAACCCUAUUCCUAUUUCCCCGUUGUUUCCAUGCAGGCGAGAUGAUUAAAUUUUGUUUUCCUGUCAGUAUGGUAAGGUAAUCACCUUAGUCCUAGACUUCAGGCAACGCUUUGUGGCUUUCGCGUGUGGCAUGGUUGGGCAAAACACUCUAGUUUUCUUUAAAAAAAUUGCGGAAGUGACAGAAGUUAAAAUUAAGUGGAGUUACAUGGGUGAUUCUACCUACUUGUAUUUGCCGUCUACUUUCUGUUCAAUUCCUUUGGUUUGUAUUUCUACUUCGUUUUUCUCCACGUCUUAACCUGAUGGGGAUUAUCCUAAGAGUAUUCCAGGGGAUAAACUUACACCGAACUUUUUUGGACUUUUACUUUCUCUUGUCUGCUAUUAAAAUAGGAGGUAACUGCGUAGACAAGGACAGAAGAUGUUCAGGCUGGACGAGAUAUUGUAGCUAUCACAAAUACGUGAGAGCAAACUGCAAAAAGACCUGCAAACUGUGCUGAGCACACGAAAAUGGAGGCAAGUUAGUAUUCAUUUUAGACUACUUUAAUUAAAAUGUUUAUUUGCAAUUUCUCUGACUACAGUUUUCCCAGUUAGUGAUCACGUAUCAUGUAUUAAGCGGCCAGAAUACGACUUUUAAAUUUGCUUCUGUGAAGCCAUAAUGCUCUCAGAAAACCAAAACUUUGUUUCAUACAUCGAAUGCAUAAUUAUUCACCUGUAAUAAUCAAUUUUUUUAUGGACACUAAGUUAAGGUUGUUUUUAUAUUGCGCCUCUACUUUAGCAUCAACCGAGAAAAGCAAAAAUACUUGUACCUCUAUUGUAGGAAGAAAAAUUCACACGCCAAUUUUUCCCCAGCGGUACAGGCUUAUUCUGACCGGUUUCUUUACCUAACAUGUCGUCAUUUUGUUUACAUAUUGCAGUUAAGCAAAUAAAGAUAAAUCAGGCGUUUUUGAUCUUGAAAAUCCCUUUGACAUGGUAUAGUUUAGUAAAUUUGCGUAUUUGAUUUCUUGCAGAUCGUUUGUCUCUGGAAACUAUAGACCUGACUGGCUUUCAAAAAGAAGUCUUAUUUGACAAGUAGAAUGAAUAAAUAAAAGAGCAU